AGCGGAACCAUUGUUGCCGCGUCAGGAUUUGACGGGAGCAUCUAAAGUGUCGCACGCUGUCAAAACGUAAAGCAUUGUAGAGGCGAACAAUUUUGGUGAAAACUUUGAAUAUCUGCAUCUACAAGAGGAACAGUCAGAUCCAGUUUGUGUCCCCGUUGACAAACAUUAUUUCUGCUAUGGAUGGCAUGGUGAUGGAGGAGGAAGAUGACUGCCCAGAGUUGGUGCCCAUCGACACCCCGCCUGGUCCUCCUGCAGAGCAGAUACCUGUCACCAUCAUCACAGGCUACCUCGGUUCUGGAAAGACUACACUCCUGAACUACAUCUUAACAGAACAACACAGCAAGCGGAUUGCUGUCAUACUCAAUGAAUUUGGAGAGGGCAGCGCCCUUGAGAAGUCCCUCGCAGUGAGCCAGGAAGGAGAGCUGUAUGAGGAGUGGCUGGAACUGAGAAAUGGCUGCCUCUGCUGUUCUGUCAAGGACAACGGUUUUAAAGCCAUCGAGAACCUGAUGGAGAAGAAAGGAAAGUUUGACUACAUCCUGCUAGAAACCACUGGACUCGCUGAUCCAGGAGCCGUGGCCUCCAUGUUCUGGGUCGAUGCAGAGCUCGGCAGUGACAUUUAUUUAGAUGGUAUCGUCACAGUCAUCGACGCAAAGUAUGGACUUCAGCAACUAACAGAGGAAAAAGCAGAUGGACUCGUCAAUGAAGCAGCAAGGCAGAUUGCUGUCGCUGACCUGACCAUCAUCAACAAGACAGACCUGGUGAAUGACGAGGAACUCGCUCAAAUACGAGAGGCGGUCAGGUCCGUAAAUGGUCUUGUCAAGAUUCUAGAAAGCCAGAGGUCAAGGGUGGAUCUCUCUGAAGUGCUGGAUCUGCAUUCCUUCGAUGGAGCAAAUCUAGCAGAGAAGCUCCAACUUGUGAAAGAUACGAGACCACAUCUUGACAAGAGUAUUUUAACUGUGACCUUUGAGGUGGCUGGAGAUCUCUCGGAGGAUGCUUUGAACAUUUUCAUUCAGGAUCUUCUAUGGGAAAAGAUGUUUAAAAACAAAGAAGGGCAACCCAUGACUGUCAUUCGUUUAAAGGGCAUAGUAUCAUUUGCAGGUAAAGCCCACCAAGUGAUUCUGCAGGGGGUCCACGAGCUGUAUGACCUGAAUGAGACUCCACAGCUUUGGGAGGAGAACUUGCGGAUCAACCGACUGGUCUUUAUAGGUAGGAACCUGGACAAGAACAUUCUGCAGGAACAGUUCAUUUCUAAAGUGAUGGAUGGAGCAGAUAGAAAUUAGCUACAAACUCUUCUCUCUUCUUUGUAUUUAAAACUGAUGAUUAUGCAGCAAAAGUUGUGGCUUUUGCCAUCCCUAAAUCUGGGACUUUGUUUGUGACGUUGACUCCUCUCCUCCAAGAACACAAGGUACUUCAGAGGAUGGUUAAUGCGACAGCAGUGAUCAAUACAGAAGUUUCAAAUUGUGAUCAUCCACCACUACCUGCUUUAAAAAGCUACAGUACAUUAAAGAGUGUUUAUGUUGCUGUAGUGCCUGAACUAAAUGCUGUGUGUCACCCUGGAAACUUACACUUGCAUACACAAAGAUGCAACAACGGUCCUGAAAUGUAAUCAAUACAUUGUUUUAUUUUUUUAUAAAGAUGGCUUUGUUAAAUCUGCCAUUUUUUUAAAGGUUGGGACCCCAAGACGUUACAAAGUGACACACAUACUGUAUCAAGUGUGAUACAAGACUGUACUUUGUAAACAAGUAGACUUGCUUAUGUUUAUGGCUUUUAGCAUCCUGUAUUCUUAAAUUAUUCAAAAUAAAGAUUUUUUCCGAACAUA